AUAGAUGAUGAUCUAAGAGCAGUCGGCUCAAAUCUCUAGGCAAAGGAACCAGAAUGCAUUGUGUGACUGAAUUCAUAGCAACCCAACUUGGCGGUUUAUAUAAAUUUUAGUAGCAUUAAUGUGAUGACAACAUAGCAAUUGCUUGAGUUUGUUGGGUAUUAGCAGAAAGUGGGAAGCCAUUCUUGUGGAUUACAAGGCCUGAUUUAGUUGUGUGAGAUUCAGUCAUUUUCCCACAUGAAGUUGUCACACAAACCAAAGAUAGAAGCUUGAUAGCAAGUUGGUGUUGUACAAAACAAGUGUUGAACCAUCCUUCUAUAGGAGGUUUUCUAAACACACAAUGGAUGGAAAGUAUAUGUGCGAGAGUGGUUUUGAUAUCGUGGACUUUCUUCAUCGAGCGACAGUCAAAUUGUUGUUAUUGUUCCACCGAGCAGGUUAUUGCAAUUGAAAUUGAUAAUGAUGCGAAAAGAAACGAAAUUGAGGAGCUUGUGAGAGAGCUCAUGGAUGGAGAAAAGGGUAAGGAAAUGGAGAAGAACGUGAUGCAGUGAACGAGUAAAGAAGAAGAUUCAUGUAAAUUUGAUGGUUUUGCUUGUCAACAACUUGACAAAGUGGUUGCUGAAAUUUCUGUUCAAACACAAAGUUAGUUUAUCUCGAUUAACUAGUAGCUAAGAAGCACUAACACUUUGAAAAUGACCAAAUAUAUGAUACCGAUAUGUGUCUAUACAGUUUGCGUGUCAGUUAUUUUGUUGUUGUUUUUCAAAUUUCAGACACGGCUAGGACACAUCUGAGACAUGGUUGAGACACAAAACUUGUCGAUCUUGGAAGAAAAAAUUAGUUAAAACUAACAUUCUAAUUAAAGCCAAAUGUUGUAGCCCAAAGACAAACCAUCAACCCCUCAUUUUAGAUUUGUUAUUAUUAUCUUUUUCCUUUUCUGUUCCUAAAGACCAAACCUCCCACAAACACGAUGUCCCUCCCACAUCCAAACCUUCACUCAUAAAUUCAUGAAUUCUAUGGUAUUAUAACUUGUUAUUUUGAUGUUUUCAAAUAAAAUACUUUACAUAUAUUUAUAUGCACAAUAUAUAUUGAGUUUUUUAAUAAAUAUAACAUAUCUCCAACAUGUCGUGUCCUACUUUUUUUUAAAUUGACAAAUGCCGUGUCGGUUUUCAUGCUUCCAAGACCCGUUGUCUUUUGUUAUAUGUUGUCACAUUUGCUUCUUUCUUUUCAAACAUCCAAACAUUUAACAAUGCUUUUCAAUGACUCAUACUUCCGUUCUUUCUCAGUCUAAAUGCUUUUUCUCAUUUCUUGUAUUCCUCUUUGAUGGCUUUAUGAUCAUUUUUCCUAGAAUACUUGCCCAAUGCUUGAUGAUGAAGACAAUGUUUCUCCUUCUAAACUACGUCAGUUUUAUUUGGUAGUUUUUGUGAACUCAUUUUUUAACACCCAUCUCCAAGAUUCUUCACCUUCAAAGUAAUUAUACAUGGGAAAAGUUUUGAUUUAGAUUGUUAACAUAUUGCAAGUUUUCAUAAAUUUACCUUUUUUAUUCAACUUAAUUGAUCGUUUUCUUUUACUUAACAAAAAUCUUCUAAAAAAAAUGGACCAUUGUCAUAUUGAAUAUCAUCCAAUAUAAAAUUUAAUUCACCUAAUUGCUUGAUUAGAUAUUUAAUAUAUCAUCCAAUCAAUUAACGUCGUUUGGCCAACUUUGCACGGAAAGGUCGAGUUAAUUAGAGGUGAACAUCAGUCGAUCUGAGUUGGUUUUUUGACCAAAUUACCACCAUUGAACCAACUAUGGUUGGUUUAGUGAAUAUUUAAAUCGACUCUAACUAUGAAAAAUUACAAAUUAAUUGUUGGUCAUUGGUCGAUUUAACUUAGUUUAAACCUUUGCAAUUUUUUACUAAUAUUGUCUGUUUGAAUUUUUCCUAAAUCAAUACCGACCAAACAUCUCUUAUCUCCGAUCAAAAGUCUUUGAUUCGAUCUAUUUUGGUCAGUCGACUCGAAACCUAAUUGAGAUAUUGAUUGUUCAAAUUUCGAGAAUUGACUAAAACAAGCAAGAUUUCAUAUUUGGUCCAACUGUGUGAAUGUUAUGGUUGGUUGUUAGUGGUGGUUGUCAUUGGAGUUGAUCAUCAAAGGUGGUCUUCUUCUUCCGAAGUAGUUAUCGGAGCCUAGAGUUGGUUAUCAGAGAUGGUCACGCGCGUGAAGGCGGUAGUUAGAGUAGGUCGUCGGAGUUGCUUGUGCAAAUGUAAUUGUUGGAGUUAGGCACUAGAGUCGUCAUCAAAGAUGACUGGCUAUGCCUAGAGUUGGUCAUUGGAGUUGGCUAUGUGAAGAUAGAAGUCAAAGCAUGUCACUGGAGUUGCUUAUGCAAAAGUGGCCGUAGGAGUUGGUCAAGCAAAUUAAGGUGAUCGUUAGAGUAUGUCACUAGAAUGUGUUGGUAGUAGUUGUUGACGAAGACGAAUAGGUGGCAUUUAAACAUUGAAGAGAGGAGGAUUUGAGCUGAAAGAGUUGAGAUAAGUUGGUAAAAUAACCACUCAACCUCACCAUAUUGCCGAGACAACCCAACUGAGGUUGGUUUGCACCCUUGAACGUUCAACCACUAGUUAUUUAUGAAGAAUUUUUGUCCCUUAAAAGUAUGUUCUUUCAAUGUUUAUUUUUUUUCUUUGAAUGUAAAAGAAAACGCAUGGAGAUAGCUGUAGUCUCACCUGCUCCAACGUUAAUGUGUGUGUUUGUGUUUCGUGAGGGAAAGCAAGGCCAUUGAAGCAACUUUCAAGGCGGACAAAUCUCAUUCACUCAUAAUCAAUCCCACCCAAACCGCACAUUUCCCCCCACGUCAUUUGGUUUUGAAUCAAACCAACUUUUGUUCAUUCACCAUUCCUUCUCUUCUUUGCUCACCGCUCCUAUCCAUUGUGUAUCCUGGAGCUGUUUUUUAUAAAUAUCCCAACCCAAAGGAACAGUUAAAAAGCAUUUGAAAUGGCUAAUCAAAUCCCCACCGCUCCUGAUCUCUUCACUCCUUACAAGAUGGGCAACUUUAAUCUAUCUCACAGAAUCGUAUUGGCUCCAUUGACAAGACAAAGAUCCUACAACAAUGUUCCCCAACAAUAUGCCAUCUUGUAUUACUCUCAGAGAACCACCAAAGGAGGUUUAUUAAUAGCUGAGGCCACCGGUGUUUCUGACACUGCCCAAGGCUAUCCUGAUACACCUGGGAUAUGGACAAGAGAACAAGUUGAAGCAUGGAAACCAAUCGUGGAUGCUGUUCAUUGCAAAGGUGGAACAUUCUUUUGUCAGAUAUGGCAUGCAGGCAGAGUUUCAAAUUCAGGUUUUCAACCAAAUGGACAGGCUCCAAUCUCGUCAUCAGACAAGCCGCUGGCAUCGCAAGUUCAGGCUGAUGGAACUGAUGUUGCCCAAUUUACCUCUCCGAGACGUCUAAGGACAGAUGAAAUCCCUCAAAUUGUCGACCAUUUUAGGCUUGCUGCUAGGAAUGCCAUUGAAGCUGGUUUUGAUGGAGUUGAAAUCCAUGGAGCUCAUGGUUACCUUAUUGAUCAGUUCUUGAAAGAUCAAGUGAACGACCGAACAGACCAAUACGGAGGAUCUAUCAAAAACCGUUGUAGAUUUGCUCUAGAAGUAGUUGAAGCAGCUGUAAAUGAGAUAGGUGGAGACAGAGUUGGGAUAAGACUAUCGCCGUUUGCCAAUUACAUGGAGGCGGGAGACUCAAAUCCUAAAGCUUUGGGGAUGUACAUGGCAGAAAAUUUGAACAAAUAUGGAAUUUUGUACUGCCACAUGGUGGAGCCACGGAUGGAAACUGCUUCAGAGAAAGUUGAGACUCCUCACAGCCUGUUACCAAUGAGAAAGGCAUUCAAGGGUACAUUCAUAGCUGCUGGAGGGUAUGAUAAGGAAGAUGGAAACAGAGCCAUUGCUGAGGAUCGAGCGGAUCUCAUUGCUUAUGGACGUUUGUUUUUGGCAAAUCCAGACAUGCCAAGGAGAUUCAAGAUAGAUGCUCCUCUCAACCAGUACAUUAGAGAUACUUUUUAUACAUCAGAUCCUACGAUUGGUUACACUGAUUAUCCCUUUUUGGAAGAGUAGCAAUUAUCAUUUGGAGUGGCUUCAUUUAGCUAUAUGAAAUAAGUAGUUGGUGUUCAUGUACUUUGGUGAUUAUGUUUCAAUUCCAAAUAUACAUCAUAAUGUCAUGGAUUUAUACGAGUCUCCGACUUUCUGUCACGUUUUGUUUUGUUCCACUGGGUCGAAUGGUUGAAGCAAACACAUGAACUCAAUGGGCAUACAAAUUUGAAGCACAAAUUAGUGUAAAUGUGCUAUUUAGGGCCAUACGUUUCUGCAUGGAAAUGUGAGUAUAACCGUUCCUGCUAUGAGAGGGCCAGGGCUAUGAUAUGACAGAAAACAAAGUUGCUGCUCAAAACCAGAUGGAUGUUGUUUUGUUUAUGGUCGUUUGUUUUGAGCCAAUCUAUCCUUAUUGGCCAUGGACAUUUGAGCACAAUGUAUUAAGUGAUUGUAAACACUAAACAGUUAAUUGUUGUUAAUAUAGUCGAAGUGCUGUUAUGUGUUUGCUAGUGGUUACAAGGUUGGUUAGUCAUGUAAAAACCAUUUCUUUACUCUUCCUCAACCUGUAUUUAUAAUGUACUUCUCCAACUUUCAUAUCAAUGAGAAGAACUCUGAUUUAUUCAA